AUGGCGGAGCUGGAUGUCGGGCGGCACUGCCAGGUGGCGCACUGCCGGCAGCGAGAUUUUCUUCCAUUCGUAUGUGAUGGUUGUUCAGGAACAUUUUGCCUUGAGCACAGAAGCAGAGAGUCACAUGGCUGUUCUGAGGUGUCUGUAGUCAAGGAGAGGCUGAAGUCAGACACACAUGCAUCUUACCCAUGUGCGUUCAAGGGCUGUGCUGAGAAAGAGCUUGUACCAGUGACCUGUCCUCACUGUGAGAAGAACUUUUGCCUGAGACACCGUCACCAGUCAGAUCAUGAAUGUGAAAAACUGGAACUCCCCAAGCCGCGCAUGGCUGCCACUCAGAAACUUGUUAGAGACAUUAUUGAUUCCAAGACAGGGGAGACAGCGAAUAAGCGACGGAAGGGUGCAAAAAAUAGCGCAACAGCUGCCAAGGUGGCACUGAUGAAGUUAAAGAUGCACGCUGCCGGGGAGAAGUCACUGCCCCAGACGGAAAGAGUCUACUUGCAGGUGUUCUUACCCAAGGGGAGCAAAGAGAAGAGCAAACCCAUGUUCUUCUGUCACCGAUGGAGCGUGGGGAAGGUCAUCGACUUUGCAGCUUCUUUAGCCAGUCUCAGAAACGACAAUAACAAGUCCACGGCCAAGAAGCUAAGGCUCUGUCACAUGACCUCUGGGGAAGCGUUGCCCUUGGACCACACGCUGGAAGCCUGGAUGGCCAGGGAGGACUGUCCUCUGUACAACGGCGGGAACGUCGUCCUGGAAUAUCUUAGUGAGGAAGAACAGUUCUUAGAGGAUGUCGACGCUUACUUGGAAUAG